AUGAGGUAUUUACCUACAGAGAACCACAGGAAACGCUAAACCGGUUUGUGGAGGAUAGUCAUUAACUGAUCGACCAUCAGUAGUUACUGGUUUUUGCGCUAGAUUUUAAUUGUCGCGUCAUGUUUGUUAAUUAUGUAAAAUGGUGUAAGGUGAUGUCAGUAUCAGCCGAGACAACCCCUUCCCUCAACCUUACAUGAUGUUGGUUAACAGAUUCACAACAAUGGACGUACACGCAUUUCUAUUCGUGUCUCUGGUGCUUCAGACCAUGUUCCAUCUAUCGUCUGGACGAGGGAAAAUGGUGGAACCGCCGAUGCGUUCUAGUCUCUGGAGGCACAAGGAAUGGUACGGCAAACCAAUGGUUGCCACGAAUACUGACGACGGAGGACUAAAUUGUGGGGGAUACUGGAAACUGCACGAGGUUAACCAUCACAGAUGUGGUAUAUGCGGCGAUGCUUUCGACAACAAAAACAGACCUAACGAAGCAGGCGGAAGGUUUGCCCAAGGAUAUAUCUCUCGUACUUAUUACCAUGACAAAAGCAAACUGAUCAAUGUAACCGUUGAUAUCAAAGCGAAUAUUGGUGGUUAUUUUGAAUUUAGACUUUGUCCAAAUAAUGAUGUAAGGAAAACAAUAACCCAGGAAUGUCUGGAUAAGAACCACCUGGUGAUCAGUGGCCAUGGUUACAGAUUGUACGUGGAGAGGGAUACUGUGUAUGAUCUCCAGCUAAAGAUCCCCGAGGAUCUCACCUGUACUCAGUGUGUUCUUCAGUGGAAGUGGAAGGGAUCCCACUACUGGGGGAUGUGUGAUGACGGAUACGGGGGGAUAGGAUGUGGUGACCAGGAGGAGUACUACAAUUGUGCUGAUAUAGCCAUUCUCUCAUCGAAUGACACCCAGGAUAUCACCCAGAAAAGUGAUAUAACUUCCUUUCCCGAAGCAAAUGCCGCUGGAGUUAAAGUAUGGAAGCAUGACCCUGACCCGGUUCGUGAGGUGACGACACAAUCCUCCUGGGGAUCGGACAAUGGCGGACCUUCCACUCCAUCGUGGUUACAGGACAUGCUCCUAGUCGCAAGCGAAAUGGGAAAGCCAGAACGAGAAAGAAAAGAAAAUAAACCAAAAUCGUCCAGCACUAAAUCAGUGCUGGUGUCGGGGGCUAUACCUGUGUUGAAUCUGCCAAAUAUUACUGCUACAUCUAUUCCUAUUCACAAUAUAACAAGUCUACACGGAAACAGUUCCUACUCCAAUGUAACGUACGAGAUCGAAAAGAAUACUGAUCAUCAAACAAAUGUAACGAAUGUUGGUGAAUCCCGUAAUGUCAGUGAAGCAAUGGGCGACACCAUGAUCUUUGAUGUUGGUCGUAAUGAUACAUGGAAUGAUAGAGAGCUACAAGGUCGUGGUGAACACAACAUAACCAUCCAAUGGGAGGGUAAGGACACGAGUAGUAAUGUUAUUCAAAAGCCCGAUGCCAGGACAACGAGUGAGUUUACACGUACACCUUUAGUUAAAGGUAUUCCAAUAUCAGACGUGUUUCUACAGUCUGAUUACAAUACUCCCACUGGAAACGAACUGCCCUGGGUGAGUCCUGCUGUAACCAGCGGUACUACAUUGACUCGUGGUGACGUGGGUGUACCAGGCGAUAACGAGAUAAGGAACACAUACUGGGCCGUGUCAAACAUUCCCGGGAACAAUAACCUAAAACAGAAUCAAGUUGAUUUACACAAUUAUCCUAAAGAUCAGAAUAUUGUCUCCGAUGGGCCGAAUAAAAAUAUAGCAAAUAUAGAUAAUCAGAUUCAUGUCACUUCCCUGCCGACAAAGGGAGGAAAAGCAACAACAGGAACAUUGUUCAAUCUUUACUCAACAACAUUAGGUGUGGUAGGAAGUACCCAGCCGCCUGUAGAGAUAACCACAACUGAAGGUCCACAACAAUCAUCGGGGUUCCGGGAGCGGAUCGGGGCUCCAGGGAUACCUAUUUUUGCAAAGGACUUUAUGGAUAUAAUGGGACGUGGAACUAUUUCGCCGUCUCCGCCCUCAUCCACAGUAAAUUUACAUACAACAAACGAUAGUGACGUAGCAUCUUUUACCGGAAAUGAACCUGUUGUCAUGGUAACCACUGAUGCCACAACUAGAGAUUUUCUUUCUUCACAGCGUGCCACCCUGAAAUCUUCUAUCGACGAGUAUGCAAUUAAUACUGAAAACAUGACCCACAUUUUGAAGGAUAUUACAACGCCCAUUACUUUGACGUCACAAUAUAUCACUUCGACUACACCCCCGAAUCUCCCUUCAACCGACAGUGUAGUUCUGUAUGACGUACAUAGAAGCACUACAUCAAUGCCGAUGAACGAUUAUAGAAAUACUACACUUGGUUCAUUAAACAGAACUCUCUCAAACUUCACAGUUUCAGGAAACGACUCCACGUUUGAACAACCUACAACACCAUCAACAGUCGGACAUAUGACUGAGUUGACCACCAGACCGGUAAAUAUAACAACCAUCCCAACGUCUACACCUACGGAGCAGACAGCAGAACUGUCAAAUUAUACAGAAACUCCUCAGAUGGCAAGUGUAGCUGAAGUGCAGCUUCAACGGCCUCUACAUGUCCCCACCUCGGGUAUGGGUAUUGAAACAACAUUAAAAGGAAUCAUUUCUGAUCUUGAGAUGAGCACCUUGAAUCCUGUCAACAGGAAUCCGUUUGAUGUACUUUCGACUACUGCCUUCAGCGAUGGAUUUAACGCAAAGGAAACCAGACUAAAUGGAAAUAAUAUUAGACACGAGAACAACCAGGAUCUAUUAAUACAAAACGUGACAGAUAUUCUAAGAGACAGCACGGGGACCGACAACCUCCAAAGUAUUUUAGAAGGACUCAUGAUCGAGACAAGUACUGAAAGUGCUCCGGCGUUUAAUCCCGCCAAAAAACCAGCCGACAUCCAUACUUUUUCUAACACACAUACGAACAAAGCUAAUGUUCGCGCAUCGAUCAUGCAAACAUUUAGACCGAAUAAUAAAGCAGAGAUAUUCAUCAAGUCCACCAACUUUUCUGCUCAGAAUAGAUCUGCAUAUCGCCCUCAUACUUUUACUGGCCCGCCAAACUUUAAAACUACUCCUACCACAACAGAGGGCUUAAUUAGUUCAAAUCUGACUACAAAGAUACAUUCAACUGUAGUGCCUUAUACCAGGAACGAUUUUGUCAGAAAUACUGGAAUUCAAGUUCAACAGAACUCUAAAACAUCCGGUGCAUUCGACGUGACCGCUAAUCCUGGUGUGCAAGAAAAGCCGGAUAUGGUGCAAGCGCAUGGCAGCUUUUCCUUUGAAAACAGUCAACAAGGGAACCAACGGACAAACCCUGAGCGAAAUUUUCAAAAUAAUGAGCAGAUGUCGUUCUCUGGCCAAGAUAUAAUCGAUGCUGGGAGAACAAUAGGGAUCCCGUUGAGCCAGAUUAGGCCAGGGAAUGGGGGUAUCCUUUCCGACGGCAGGCAGAUUAUAUCCGGCCUAGAUUUCGUCGACACUGACCUACAGUAUGAAACCGGAAAUAGAACCAUAGCUAUGUCACUGGUGGACAAUUCGGUGGGAUCGCCUUCCGGACCAGGGUCCAUGACGUCAUCUGGACAUGCAGAGAUGAUAUCAGGACAAAGAUUGAUAUCGGAGCAGGCACCAGUGGCGAUGAGGCAGGUAUCACACCAAACACCUAAGGACAAAGUAGGUGGCAAUUCAUUCAUGAUGCAUCCACCCCCUCCCAAUAAACAGCUCAGCAUGCAGUCAGGAACAGUCAUUGAGGACAUCAUGAGAAACUUAAGACCAGGACAAAAUUCACGGAUUAAUCAGAGACAGCAAGGUUAGGAUAAUUACCAAAACAAUUAUUUCAAUUUUCCUUACGAAAGUUCAUUUUUUGAUCAUUUGUAUCUCUGUAAAGCUUUACAUCAGCCGUCAUAUUUCAUUUCCCGACAUUUUGCUUAUAAAUAAUUAAAGCAGGAGCAUGUGUUAUGUGGUUACAGUGUGUUGGAACUGUACGUCGUUUACAAGGAGACAGCAUGUUAGCGUCUAUGGCUAUGACAAACUAGCCCGAUGGCUUAGACUAUAAUCAUCAUCAUUAUCUACGAGUUGGUAUCUUUAGUUACAAUAAGAAUAUAGCAGACACCGUAGAGAGACGGUCGAACACAACAACACAAAUACAAACUGAUAUAUUGGAACGUAUCUGUUUGUAAAUCCUAUCAUUUGAACCAAGAUAAACUGUUUAUAGGGUUUAUGGUUUCUUUACCAUUGUUUUGGUAUCAUAAGGUUUCCUUCAAUCAAACAAUCACUUUUCUGAUGCAAGACAUCUCCUCUGUCUUUGGAAUAUUUUAGAAAAAGUAGGUGAUAGAGUUAAAGAAAAAAAGAUGACGUAUCACACAUGAUUAAAUGACCAAAUGAUUAAUUUCACUAGGUGUGAAUAGUUCCGCUAUAUUUUACUGCAUCGAUUUUAUUAAUUAUUUACUAAAGUUUGAUCAAUAACAUGCCGUUCAAUCUCUAUAUCAAGGAUGAAAAGGGGUAACUUGUGGGUAAACGAAAGAUUCAGCUUAUUAUUUCUUUGUGUGAAUAUCGUAUGUAUAAGGAUUGAACGUCAUUUUUCAAUGUUCAUGUCGGUAUGAACACAACUGAUCUGAGUUCAUGUCGAUACGAACACAACUGAUCAGAGUUCAUGUCGAUACGAACACAACUGAUCUGAGUUCAUGUCGGUAUGAACACAACUGAUCUGAGUUCAUGUCGGUAUGAACACAACUGAUCUGAGUUCAUGUCGGUAUGAACAUUGAAAAUGGUAUGCAAUACAAUUAUUAUUGAUCUGAACAUAAGCAUUUCCGUAAAUGUUCGGUAAUAUAGUGGUGUGUAUGUCGCCAAUACAGACAAGAUUCCUGGAACAGUUUAACAACACCAAACUGUUUGCUUCUAACGGUUGUCUGACGUUAUUCGCGGAGGGAGGAGAAGCUUCAAAAUGACGCUGACAAGUUGCGUUCCUCGCCCAAUGAACGGAAUAUCUUCUGAUAAUGUUGAUAGAUAUCUUUGUCUGAAUUAAUACAAGAGUUAAAAAGUCAUACAGCUGGCUUUGUACAUUAGGUAUAAUAACAUGAAUAUUACUGGUUGUCACUUUUAUAUAUCAACAAGAAGAUACUUAAACCUGAAUUAAGAUUAAAAUA